AUGCUUCACGAUAGACAUGGUAGCGGAAAGAUCCUUACGAAGAACCCAGAGGUACUGCAGUAUCACCUGGAGCACGACCGGCCUUUUGGAUACGAGCUGGGAAAUGAGCCAGAUCCGCAUUGCCCCGAUCCCAGCAACCCUAAGUGCUCAGUGUCCGUGAAGGAACACGUGCACGAUGACCUCAUGCUGUCUCAGCUGCUCCAGUACACAUAUGCUUCAGCAGGAGUUGGGAGCGACCAUCUACCCCUGGUGAUAGGACCUGAUGCAGCUCACUGCUGUGAUUAUCUGGAGAACUUCACAGCCGCUGCAGCAGCUGCCAGAUGGGAGCCAGACGUUCUGACCUGGCACCACUACUACUUUGACAACCAGUCCCCAGUAUCUAAGUUUGUCGACCCACGGACAUUGGACUCCCUCCAGUCAUUGGCAAACUUGAUAGUGGCAAUGCGAGACAAGUACACUCCGCGAAGCAUGCUCUGGGUCGGGGAGAGCGCCAGCGCCUGGGGUGGCGGUGUUCCCCAUGCCUCGGACCGUUUCGCAGCCAUUUUCACUGACCUGGACCAAGUGGCCACGCUGUCGAGGCUGGGAUACACCGGCGUGGUGCGGCAGGGGUUGUUCGGCAGCGGAGGGUAUUCGGUCAUCUCCGCUGCAGAUGAGGGGUUGACGCCGAACCCGUCAUACUGGGCAUACUUGGCAUACAAGCGUUUCAUGGGUGUCAGAGUGCUAGAUGCCGGGGAACUGGGUGGCUACGUGAGGAGCUAUGCGCACUGCCACCCGACUCUUGCUGGUGCCCUAACUCUGAUGGUUUUGAAUGUUUCGCCGAAGCCGAGCACGGUCAAGGUGCUUCUGUCCUCCAUGAGCUGGGCAGCGGCACCUCUGAAGUCUUGGGCAGAAUACCACCUGACGAUGCCGCCAUCAGCCGGCGUCAACUUGACGACUACAGACAUCGCCGUGAACGGGAAGGUGAUGAAAGCGCACGAGGAUGGCACGGUCCCUGCCUUUGUCCCCAAGGAAGGGGGCGGAACCUCCGUGACACUCAUGCCGUACUCAGCUGCCUUCUUGGUCUUCGAGAACGCGCAAGCACCUGCAUGUAUCGGCGCAGACCCUGUCUUGGAGACGAUACAUAAAGGCUCACCAGACGCCAGGGUGAUGCUCUUGUGA